AGUAAAUAUUUUCCUUCACCUAUCUGAUGUUGAAAUUUGGAGGUUAUUUUAAAUCACAGAGAAUUGAAUACUACUUUAUUUUUACUAUUGCAGUUUUAUCGAUACUUAUACUGCUGUAUGUAUAAAUGAGUGCUGGUUGCAUCAAUUUAGAUUAGGAAAAACAUUUAUGAAUGGUACAUAAGAAACAAAAUGGCAUUUCGUUGUUUAAAUCUUUUAAAAAAUGUAAGAAGUAAUAAUGUAAUAUUUCGCCAUAAUUUAUUAUGUACAUCAAUAACAGCGAAUAAGAUAAAUGCCAUUAAAAAAAACAUAACCGAAGACCGUAUAGCAUAUGUAGGAGACCCUGAUUCUUUUGGAACUUUAAGUGGCCCAAUCAUUACGGAGACAUUGGAAGAUGAAGGCGAUAUUAAAGAGGAACAGUUUCUGCAAAAUAUUCCACUAAAUUCUCAAAAAUUGUCUACCAAGCAAUAUGCAGAUUUAAUAAAGCAGUAUUUAAAAUACAAGAGAAUAAAAGAAGCUAUUGAUGUACUAGAAAUCAAGAUGCUGAAAGAAGAUCGAGUACAACCCGAAAAUUACAUUUAUAACAUAUUAAUCGGCGCUUGUGCUGAAGUAGGAUAUACAAAGAAAGCUUUCAAAUUGUUUAAUGACAUGAAAAGACGUGCUCUAAAACCGACAGGAGAUACUUAUACAUGUUUAUUUGAAUCAUGUAUUAAUAGUCCCUUUCCUUCAUAUGGCUUAAAAAUGGCGACCCAUUUAAGAAGUUUGAUGAUUGAAAAAGGUAUAGAACCAAAUAUAACAAUUUUUAAUGUUAUGAUUAAAACAUUUGGUAGACUGUCAGAUUUACCAACAGCUUUUAAAAUUGUUGAUGAAAUGAUUUCUAAAAAAAUAAAAAUAAGAGUCCAUACUUUUAACCAUUUACUUCAAGCUUGUAUUGGUAAUAAAGAGUCGGGCUUGAAACAAGCACUUAUCGUGUGGAGGAAAAUGUUGAAAAUGAGGGAAAAACCUAACCUUUAUUCAUUUAAUUUGAUGCUUAAAUGUGUAAAAGAUUGUAAUUUAGGCACUAAAGAGGAUGUGCUUGAUAUAAUAGGUAUUAUACAAGAACAGAAUUUACUUUUAGAAAUGAAACCUCAACAAUUACAACUUGAAUCCAAUCAAUCAACAACUGACUCUAAUACGAAUAAAAAUUCAAUUGAAACUAAAUUAUUAGAUAGAAAAGAUUAUGAGCUAAAUGGGCAGAUAGAAUAUAAUGGAAUAAAAGAUACUUUUGAGACAAUAGAUGUUACACUAGAAAACAAUUCUGGUUUAGGUUCUGUUAAUCAAGAAGGUAAUCAUUUUGAAUUAAUACAAAAACGCAAGAAAGCACUUCCACAAAUACCAGAGAGGACAGUACCAAAUUUGCUUUCAAAACUAGUAAAUAUAAAUGAAGUCUUAGCAUUUCAAGAUGUGCACACAACACAAGAUAAAUUUGCCAUGAUUGGUGGACAAGAUGACUUCCUAAAAGAAAUGGAGGCAUAUUCAGUUAAACCAAACAUUAAAACUUUCACACAAAUGCUUUAUGUCAUAGAUGAUAGUAUAGAAGCUGAGAAUAAAUUAAUGAAAUCUAUGAAAUCACUUAAGAUUAAAGCUGAUAUAGAUUUCUACAAUAUGCUGAUUAAAAGACGAUGUCUACGACAAGACUAUAAUAAUGCAUUAGAGGUGAGGAGUAUGAUAGAAAAAGAUAGUAAAUCACACCAACGACACCCUUUUAACAAAAAACAUAAGUUAAAAUCAAAUAUUAUGACUUAUGGGGUAUUAGCCAUGACUUGCGAUACAAAAGAAAAAGCUGAAAAUUUACUUUCUGAAAUGAAAGAAAAUCAGUUAAAAGUCAAUAUUGAAAUUUUGGGGACCUUGUUAAAAAAUGGUACAAGACAGACUCAAUUUGGAUAUAUAUUAUACAUAAUGAAUAUUGUGAAACAAGAAGAAUUGAGAGUUAAUGAUGUAUUUAUAAAACAUUUGGAAGAUUUUAAUGACAAAUGUUUAAGAAUAAUAGAGAAGAAUAAUAAACAACAGCGAGAAAGUCCUAUAUUUAUGGCGUCUUAUAAGAGAUUUAGCAAUAUUUACAAUCAUUGGCUAAGAGAAUCUAAUGUAGAAGAAGUGUUAAAGCCUGAACAUCCUUGGAAGCAAUUUGUGGAACCAAAUCCAACACCAAUACAAAGGGAAAACAUGAAAAUUGUUGAACCAAAAAAGUUUUAUAAGAGAAGUCGUAAAUUUGUACGUUAUAGAGCAAGAUUAUAAAUUAUAUGAAAUAAAGUAUAGAAUAU